AGUUCUACAUAUAUCUUGUAAAGUUUUUUAUUUGCAAUAAUUUAUCGUCAAAUAUAUUUAUAGAAAAAUGGCAUUAAUUAACAAUUUCUGUGAUGAGUGAUAAGUUUCUAGCCAUCUAGACCUUAAGAAUAAAUUGAUCAACAUCAUCCUUUUCAACUUCAGCGACUUACUUUGUUUCCCUUAAAAAACACUGCAUUAAUUAUUUUAAAAGCUUCUGGAGAGAACGGACUAAAAUUUGCUCAAGAUAAUAGAUUGCAAUUCACUGACUCGUCCCAUACCUAAUAAUAACAUAAAAUAGAACAAAAACAGCAGCAUAUAACAUAAGGUAGUAGCAGAAGAAAAAAGAAAAACCAUUUCCACACAAAGAAAAUGCGCGAAUUUAAAGUUGUUGUGCUUGGUUCUGGUGGAGUGGGAAAAUCGGCCUUAACUGUACAGUUUGUCUCAGGAUGUUUCAUUGAGAAAUAUGAUCCAACAGUAGAAGAUUUUUAUAGGAAAGAAAUUGAAGUCGAUAAUUCACCAUGCGUGUUGGAGAUUUUGGAUACAGCUGGUACUGAGCAAUUUGCCUCCAUGCGCGAUCUCUAUAUUAAGAAUGGACACGGUUUUAUUGUUAUGUAUUCACUCACAAAUCAUCAGACGUUUCAAGACAUAACGACAAUGAGGAACGUAAUACAUCGAGUAAAAGGAGGACAGCCAACUCCCAUCUUACUAGUCGCCAAUAAACUCGAUCUAGAAUACCAAAGAGAAGUGUCAACAGAAGAAGGUCACGCACUAGCUGAAAUGUGGGGAUGCCCAUUUAUCGAAGCUUCCGCCAAAAGUCGAAUAAACGUGAAUGAAGUUUUUGCUACAGUGGUCCGUGAAAUGAAUAUGUCCAACGAAAAACGAAAGAAAAAAAGUUAUUGUUGUUGCACGAUAUUAUAGGGCACACGUGUUUUGUAAUUCAAAUGAAAUUAGUUAAUUAAGGCCGAUUUAAAACAGAAAAAAAACAACUGAUGAUGUGAAAGCAAUGAUCAAAUUUUUAGGAUCAUUGUUGUGUAGACUUUAUAUCUUUACAUGUUUUUUACGUAAGUGUAUUUUCCCUUUUUACUACUAAUCAAACUAUCCUUCCGUUUUUAAUGCAACCCAAUCCACACAGUUUCACUUCUCCUACAGGACGCAUAUUUGAGUGAGAUUCACAGAUAUUUUUGACAUAAACAUCCACCCAUUUCCUUUUUUUAUAAUACACUAUCAACACAUAGUUCAAACUCUGAUUAUUGGGCUGAUUUUGAGUAUAUGUUCAUCAUUUACUUCGACGAUGAUCAUAAAAAAUCGUAUCAAAUUUCAUUAUGUUAUUCAACCUGAUCGAAUAAUUGAAAUUAAAUAUCAGGAUUUAAAAAUAAUUCUUGGUAUAUAAAGAUUUAAAUCGUGAGAUUAAAAAUUAAUCUGACUGGAUUAAUAUUUAAAUCUAGCUUGAGUAUAAAUAAAUUAAGAGAGAUAAAACUGUGUCAAAAUCUACAAAUUCAGCCAAUAAUCCACCCCCAUUUACACAUGCAAUAUUGUGGCAUUUUCCAUGUUUUUAAGAAUAGAUUUUAAAGAAUAGCGAAGCAACAGAUGACAUUGCUUCAAUUACUAUGGACCCAAAAAAAAAUCCAUUUUAAUCAUAUCUUGAAAUCCCAUCAUCAUCUUUAGACUGUAAUUUAUAUAUUUUAGGACUAUCAUAAUCUUCUUCUGCAAAGAAAAAAAUAUUUUAAAUGAAAGCUCAUAAGACAUGAAAAUUUCUUUCUAAUUCUUUCUGUUUCCUCAUUUUUUUUUUAUUAAAUUAAUCACGUAUGAUUUCCUGCUUUUUAAUAAAACUUAGAAGAAAUUAAAUUAAAUGAAUGAAUUUUCUACUGAAAAUUGAUAAGAAAUGAAAAAUUUAGCUUUAUAAAUUUACCAAAAAAAGAGUGUGUAAGAAGAGGAGCUCAUCGGAUUACAAGAAUGUGGGAAAAAAUAUUAAGUAGAUAAGUAAUAUAAUGAAUUUUUUUGAUGUAGAAUCAAAUUUAUCAAUAUGUGUAGUGUUCUUAACACCUUUUUUAAAUUAACAAAGGAAGGAGUCUAGGUUGGUGCUUUUAGAUAUAAUAAUUAAGGUCGAAUCAGCUAAAGUGGAUGACUUGACAGAAGUGAGAAAAUUCAGUUGUGCAAAAAAGUUUCGAAAUUUAAAUCCAAUAGAGGGAUAGAGCUAUAAAUAUAAGAAAUUUUGAAAAUUUUGUCUUGAUGCAAAAUUACACACAACCAGCAAGUCAUCCACAAAAAUUCAGAAUAUAAUUAAAAAACAUUUCAAAGAGGUGCUAAUCUUUGACUGCAAAACUAAUCAUCACCGCCUUGAAACCUUCCAAUGAAAGCAAUGUAUUCUUUGUUUUAGUUUAAAGACUAUAAAAGCAA